AUGCGAGAAGCAGUCGAAUCUCCGUUCAUGGCCCUGCUGACCGAACUGCGCUGUCAUAUCUACAGCUAUCUGCCAGACACGCUCUACGAGCGCAUUUUCCCCGAGUUCGACAUGUGCAGGUGGGAAGUAUAUGAAAUGCCAACCGCACUAAUGCAACUAAACAAGAAUAUAUACCAGGAGGUGAAGGACCUCUCAAUACAAAAGUCCUUGCAAAAGUUCAACGAUCAACUUCCACCCAAAAUUGCGAUCGGCCCAACAGGCACUAAGAUGGAAUCUGUAUACAUCAAGCUCUCGGAGACCUUACAUCGAGCCGGCAAAGAGCUCCACACAUUUUUCGGUGAGCCCCAACACUGCGAGGAUGAAAUCAAGAAUACCAGCAUUGACCUCUCGUCUUGGUACAACAAUACGUAUCUGCCGCAGGUGGCCCUUGAUGAAUAUGAAGCCUUCGAUACCCAGACUGAGUGUAGGCCCGAGCACUUAUACAAGUCUGUGAAGCAGACUUUGAAGAGAAUGGAGUGUUUGAUUUCUAGGAGUUGCUUCUGGUUUAAUAGUUGUAGCUACUUAUUGGAAUUACUAGGAGAAAUAAGAUCUGCUACACCGCUUUCACAUAUGAAAUUCGCGCCGUGA